AUGGAAAGGGCGUUGGACAGUGUGAUUUGGGAACGCUGGAUGAAUUCAAGCCUGCCAGAUCCGACGACGAGGCAGAUCGGUCUGUACCUGCAGCUCCGCGAGGCUUUGUGGAUGAACAUUGCAGCUAUCCACCAGGACGAGUCACCGUUCUUCGAGCAGAACUGGCUUGCGGAAAACAUAGAGCCAUUUCAGGGGUUACUUAAUACUAGUAGAGAGGGAAUGGUCCACGGGUUACACCGCGUUGCCACACUAGAGAACCUGGAGGACAUGCGCUCGGCUGGCGAGGAUCUUACGUGCAGAAUAUGCUUUCGUGGAUUCGACGAACCACCAUACGAGCAGCCGGUGCGGCUAUCCUGUACUCAUAUCUACGGAAAAAACUGCCUCGAGAACUGGAUCAGAGAAGCGCAGCCUGGCUUUCACAUUUGCGCAAAGUGCGAUAAAAAAUUUGACGGGCUAGACAUGCUUACGAGGAGUCCGUACAAAGGAUUUACCCCGGCGGGAGCAAGGAGGUACGUCGUUGUGCCGUUGCGACUAGAAGAUGCUGAUGAAGUGGCCCAGUCCGAUCUCGAUGCAGACUAUACCAUAGUAUAUGCUAAUCUUCUGAGGCGAGCAGAGCUAAAAUUUGCUCAUAACGAUCCUCCAAUCCCACCUCCACCAUCUCCGUGGUGGUUGAAAAUGUUAAGAGGAGAGGGGACGCUGAUAUUGCCGGAUGUUGCGGAUGUUGUGGAUAACUCGCAGGUGUAA